AUGGAUUGGGACCAAAUCAAGCAGCUGAUCGCCAGCGGGCAGCUGGACCGGUUGCACAGGGACGACGAGUGCGCCCGACGCUAUCGGGAGCACAGGAGAUCUCUUGGCAAAGUCGAUCUCUCUACGUAUGUACUGCGGAAGCUGCAGUGGUCGAGCGAAGAGAUCGAGUUCUUGAAUAGCGACAGAUACAAGACAAGAGAGCAGAAGAUCGAGGCCUGUUUCUCGAGUAGGAGUCUUUACAGCGUGACCAGGAACGACUUCCCGUACGAUUUUGAGCCGGACGUUCAUCACCUGCUGGUUUGGUCCAAGAUAGGUCUGCCUCUCUAUGGAGACGACUCGAACGGGGCGGGACAGGAUCCUGAGACUCGCAAUCGCAUUGACGAGUUCUUCAGAUUCAACCUGGAGGAGCGCUUGCAGGUCUCGAAGGCCGAUUACUGUUGGUUUGUUAACUACUCAUCGCUACAGAGCAUUAGAAAAAUUUCACACGUACACUUGCUGGUGAAGACAAGAGACAGAGAGCUCGUCGAAGGCGGGAUUUUGGGUGAACCGGGGCUGCAGCCGCUGCUGGGAAUUGAUGGAACUGAGGAAACGCAAGAGAGUUGUCUAUAA